GUUUUCAUCGGCGUAGCUUCAAGAGUGAGAAAACGGUCAUCAGACUACUUAAAAACUAGGCCUGCUUAUGUUUCAAUACUCUCCUCAUCCCAAAAUCAGCAAUUUGUUUGGAAGUUCUCGCCCCAUCCACAACUUGACGACAUUUUUUUCUUUGAUACUUUGAAGUUUAUUCACUUAGUCACAAAAAGUUCACACGUCAAUGUGUGUAUGUGUGGCUACAUGUGUGCACGAGCUUUUAGAAGUGGUUUAACUUUGACCUUUACAAGUUAUUAUUGGAUUUUAAAAAAGAUCAUUACAGCAUUAGGAAAUCAUUGCUUGCGACUCAGAGACACAAGUCGAUUCUAAACAGUGGUUUGUAUGUGCAUGCGUGGGUGUUGCUUGUUCUAUUUCAUAGGAUUGAUUUAUUUUGGUGAAUUAUCUAGUGACAUUAUCUAAGUCUAGGAAAAGAUCCUUUUGGUGAUCUCAUGUCUUUGUGGAUGUAAUGUCUAGAAAAGAAACAUUUGGAUACAUUCUAGAUCACUUGAUCGUUCGCCUAUACACAGAUUGAAACAGACGCAAUUACAUUUUACAAGGUUGAACUCGGCAUGAUCAUGACCAAAUAUUUCAUCUUCUUUCUCCUGGGCGGACUCAUUAUCAGAGGUGCUAUAUCGUACAUCCGGGUAUGCUACUUCACCAACUGGGCGCAGUUUGUACCCACUUACAGGUUCCUGCCUAACAGGAUACCCACCCAGCUGUGUACCCACGUGGUAUUUGCCUACGCUGACAUUAGGGCAACCAACGUGACCCCUACAGAGUUCAAUGACGUCGAAAUGUACGGUCGUCUAAACCGACUGAAAAGAGACAGGCCAACUUUGCGAACACUUCUGGCCCUUGGAGGCUGGGCAGCCGGUGGAGAGAAAUUUAGCCGCUUAGUGGCCAGCGAGACGUCCAUGACCACGUUCAGUGAUAACCUGAUCGCCUAUUUAAGAAGAAACAACUUUGACGGGGUCAACAUAGACUGGCAGUAUCCUACGUCCAGGGAGAGGGGGAGCGAACCAGGGGACAGAUUACGUUUUACCAACUUCUUGCAAAUUCUGAAGCGAGGAUUUGAACAGGAAGCUCUCACCACUGGACGAAACCGACUGACCCUGUCGGCAUCUCUGGAAUCUGACCUGAGCGACGCCAGGACAUACUAUCAGAUCGACGAAAUCGGCAAAGUGCUAGACUUCGCCACUCUAAUGGCUUAUGAUAUGCACGGUGACUGGGAUAGAACCACUGGAGCGCUGCACCAUUGCCCGCUAGAACCGGAAAUAAGAGGAUUUGUCCAAGGAUGGAUACAAGAUGGCUUCCCCGCCAACAAACUGGUUCUAGCAGUGCCAGCAUUUGGCAGAAGCUUCACUUUGACAUCUCAGCCUGUAGGAAGUGGAAUAGGUCAGGCGGUGUCCGGGGGCGGCACAGCAGGGGCCAUGUCCAAUGAGUCGGGCUUGUUAGACUACGGUGAGAUUUGCUCCAACAUAGCCAGAGAUGGCUGGACCAGGAUCUGGCUAACGGACAGAGCUGCGCCAGUAGCUUACGGGAACACCAGCGAAGGUUGGCAGUGGGUGGGCUAUGAUGACCCACAGAGCCUGGUUGGAAAGGCAGCGUUCAUCAGGAGUCAGGGAUUGGCCGGAGUGGCUCUCUGGUCACUUGAGCAUGACGACUUUAGCAAUUUGUGCCAGAAUGGGACAUGGCCACUUCUGAGAACUUUGGCCAGGGAACUGCCCGUAAACAGUUCUCAGACGUCUACAGCCACUCCAAGACUGCGCCAACCGCAGACCACAACACCUAGAGGAGCCUUGACCACCAGCGCUCCAGCGGACCGUGGAGGAACCGCUCAGCCCACUAGGACUACGCUUACCACCACAGUGACUUACAGUAAUGUUACCAGGUACCCGGAAGUAAAGGUCUCCCAUGGCAACGAUUCCAGUGACGACACGGGUCAACAGUGUAAGAUUUCUGAAAACAUUGGAGCAGCAUUGACAUGCCCGACAACUCGAGGUAAACCAGGGGAGAGAAACAUGUUUUAUCUCUUCUGCUUCACCGGCUUCUUCGCCAUCGAGUGCAGAUGUCUGCCUGGACAUUUUUUUAGCCGCUGCUUGCAGACGUGUGACGUCAACGACAAUUUCAAGAAAUGCCCACUCUUAAAUUAGCAUAAUUAGAUCAAUCAUCCCGACUGGUUUGAUAAUAUUCAGUGGUUUUAUCUCAUCUUUCUUCCUUUAUAAAUCCUGUAUCUCUACUGUUUCUUCAUAUGCCAUAUAUAAUUCUCAAAUACAAAAGAGUAUUUCUUGCAUAGCUUUGCUACAACAAUGUUAUCUAUAAAUAUACCUCCUUUCAGGGGCGGAUUUAAGCAUGUAGAGGUUCUUACACUUUUUUCGAAAACUUAAAUAAAUAUCCACUUAUUAUUAAUUAAUAGGCUACGUAAAAGUAGGCCAUAUUACACAACAAAAUAAAAUAAAUUAUAAAAUAAGCAUAUUUCAGUAACAAAAAAUGUAAAAUUGUUAGGUUUUAUGCAAUGCAGGAAAUCUUGUCGGUCAAAAUGUCUAACAAAAUUGUUUAAAGAAAAAAUGCAAAGCUGUUGAUGGGUCAAAUUAUGGAUUUUUCUCUACUGUGGGAGCUCCUAACUUGCGGAGCUGUUGAUGGGUCAAAUCAUGGAUUUUUCUCUACUGUGGGAGCUCCUACCUUGCGGAGUAGCCCCGCCUGCCCUCCCUUCUAUCCGGCCCUACUUCCUGUUAUUUUAAAUGUUAAUUGAGAACAAAGUCUAUGUAUCUUACAGAUAAUGUGCCAUGCUAUUGGAGAUUCCCAGACUGCUGACAGUACUCUGUUGUUUGUUCACUUCAUUCUUCUUUGAUUCUAACAUCAGAUAGACCAACAAGCUUGCUAUUUAUGGAUUGGUUCAUUUGAUGAACAUCUCCAAUUCAUCUAGUUAUGUCCCUUUCCCAUUUCUGCUGACACGAUGUCGAGUAACGAAGAUAGUUUUAAAACUGUUUCACUCUUACAACUUGUUCUUUAUAUCAAGAGACAACCACACACACAUUUAAUCUUGUCCACUUCCUAUUGUGUCAAUGCAUAUGGUACACAUUCUAUACUGUUGCAUGUCAUUAGGAUGUUACAGUUUUAUUUAGUACUUCGUGUGAUAGAUGUAAAUGUAUUAAGCUGUCGAAUGUUUACGUAAAUAGAUAAGCAUACAUUUCAUCCCAAUAUUUUGCCAUUGUUUAUGAUUUAUUUAUUCAUGAUUAAGUUCUUGUUAUGCUUAGAUAAUACCAAUGAUUAAACUAAUAAAACAA